AUGAAAAACAUCAAGCAGUCUUUUCACCGUCACGGUCGAGCAGGCAGUUAUAACUACAACCAGCAGAGAGAGAUGCCGCAGCCCGCCAACGGCAGGCUCCAUGAUGAGCACACCCCGCUCAUCGGCCGCACUCAGAACUACGAGGACGAGUCGCGCGUCAAGACUAUCCCCAAGCACGUCUUGCAUCUCAUCUAUGCGACACUCGCAAGCAACUAUGUCAACGUCUUCCUCGUCUUUGUACCGCUCGGCAUCAUCGCCGGCGCAUUGCACUGGAACCCAACCGUCGUCUUCGUCCUCAACUUCAUCGCCAUCAUCCCUCUUGCAGCACUCUUGAGCUUUGCGACCGAGGAGCUCUCUGCUAAACUUGGCCAAACUCUGGGAGGGUUGAUGAACGCGACUUUUGGAAAUGCCGUCGAACUUAUCGUCUCCAUCGUUGCGCUCAAGCAGGGCGAAAUCAGAAUCGUCCAAGCCAGUAUGCUGGGCAGUAUCCUGUCCAACAUCCUUCUCGUGCUCGGAUGCUGCUUCCUCGCUGCUGGCCUCACCCAGCACGAAAGCCGUUUCAACGAGACCGUCGCAUCUACCAUGUCUUCGCUCAUGGCCGUCGCAUCCGCCUCGCUCAUCGUCCCUGCUACCCUCUACGCAGUUAUGCACGGCGACAACAAGAAGGACAACCUCGAGACUGACAAGAACAUUCUUGUUCUCUCCCACGGCACCGCCAUCAUUCUGCUCAUUCUCUACAUCCUAUACCUCUACUUCCAGCUCUACUCGCACCACAGCCUUUUUGCCGAUGUCGAGAACCAAGAAGGUGGCGACAACGAGGAGGAAGCCCAGAUCCUGUCGCCCGUCGCUGCCGGUGUCGCAUUGGUCGUUGUCACCGUCCUCGUCGCCAUCUGCGCCGAAUUUCUUGUCGACAGCAUCGACUCCAUUGUCGAAUCCGCACACAUCAGCAAAACAUUUGUCGGUCUGGUCCUGAUCCCUAUUGUCGGAAAUGCUGCCGAGCAUGUCACCGCCGUCAUCGUCGCAUACAAGGGCAAGAUGGACCUCGCUAUCAACGUCGCCAUCGGAUCUUCCCUGCAGAUUGCGCUCUUCGUCACUCCCUUCCUCGUCAUCCUCGGCUGGAUCAUGGGACAACCCAUGACUCUCCACUUCCAGGGCUUCGAGACUAUGAUCUUCUUCAUCUCCGUGUUGAUUGUCAACUACUUGAUCCAGGACGGAAAGAGCAACUACCUCGAGGGCGCCAUGUGCAUUGGUAUCUACGCCAUCAUUGCGCUCGCGUUUUACAUCUACCCCGACAAUGCGGCUGGUGACAUCACCGUCGACGUUGUCAAGCGUUUCUUCGCUGUCAACUAA